AUUAAUAAUUGAGGAGGGUACAAGUAAGUUGGUAACGGUACCCCAAGAGAAAUAGGACAAUCGAUCGCGCAACGAGCAGGAGAGUGCGAGAGUCAGAGAUCGAUUGGUGAAAAUAACAUAAGCAAUGGAAAAGGGUAAGGGUGUGAUGGUUGGAGGUCGAAGAUGGGCCGUUGACUUCACUGACAAUUCCACCUCUCCUUCUUCCCGCGACAUUCCUGACCCCCCUGGUUUCUCUCGCUCCUCUCAAGAUCAGGAUGAUUCAACGCUCAGUCGACAAAAGAAGGAUGCAGAAUCGAACUGGAAAUCUCAAAAAGCUUGGGAAGUGGCACAGGCCCCUUUCAAGAAUUUGCUAAUGAUGGGCUUCAUGAUGUGGAUGGCUGGAAGUACUAUGCAUUUGUUUAGCAUUGGUAUCACAUUUUCUGCUCUUUGGCAGCCAAUUAGUGCCUUACAAGGGGUUGGCAAGGUUUUUGAGCCGUAUAAAGACAGUAGAGUAGAUCUUCUCGGGCCCAAGUUACUCUUUAUUGCCCUUAAUUUGGGUGGUUUAGCACUGGGUGUUUGGAAGCUUAACACUUUGGGUCUUCUUCCUACACAUGCCUCAGACUGGGUUUUUUCCUUACCCCCUGCACAGGAGGUUGAGCAUUCUGGUGGGGGUAUUCCGCUACGCUGAUGUGCAUGUUUGGUUUAAUCAGCCGUUGAUCUGAAUGUAGUGGAGACUUUUCGGAGGAAGAGACUUUGAUAUCGUUUAUUGGCUGAUGGCUUAUCACGCAUGGCCACCGUAACGCUGUAACUGAGUUUUGUGGCAACAACGAUUGUGACUCAAAUGUAUGAUGCUGGAAUACCAAUGCUACGAUGAUUUGC